AUGAACCCAGAAGGCCAGACCAGCAAUCCAAAUUCCCAAUCUGUCAGUGCUGGAUCUGUAAGUAGAGUGUAUAAAAUUAUUACAACUUGGGGCUUUUUGGAUGAAGGUUUCCCCAUGUGGACUCAGAUUUUCCAGACAACAAAGAUACCUUAUUUCAUUUUAUAUCCACUAAUGAUGGUAUAUUUUGUUCAAGUACUUGGGGCAUCAAUUUGGCCAUGGAACCCAUACUGGCAGCAAGAUGUAAAUUUUCAUUUUUCAAAAUGGCAGCGGCAAAUUCUAUACUAUCGUCGUGUUCCUAUAGUUUUUAAUGAUUAUUUGUUAGUUACUGGCAUUUUUGGGAUAUUAAAUCUUUUAUCAGUUGCAAUGAUCCGUUCACAAAUCAAUUAUUUCAAAUUUAACCGUAAAUUCAUACUUUGGCUUAAUUUUCCUAUGAGAUUAUACUUUGAGGCAAUCGUACUUCUGUUCAUGUUACCAAAUGUUGUUGUCUUAGGAGAAACAUUCCUUUUACUUGCAAAAGGAAACAAAAAUGUAUCAGUGAUAAUUUCUUUCGUACUAGCAUUAGGUAAUGAAAUAUAUAUUUUAUACUUUUACAUCGUAAUUCAACAUUUUAACGCAAUGUCACUUUUCAUUAAUGUUUCACCACUAUUAAACUUUAACCCAACCUUUAUGCAAACAGUUACUUUAUCAUCGCAUUGCACAGUACUUUCAUAUUUCCUUUUUAGCCUCUUUGAGAAUUGGUCAUUUUUUGUCACAGUAAUUUUUUGCCUUGGAUGCUGUUCAUUCAUCGCGUACAACUUGAUCAAUUACCUAUAUAUUGUUGACAUUAUCAUUAUGUCUUCUCUCAUGGGUUUUGCUUUUGGUUGCACUGCAGGAAAUAUCAUGAGUGUUAUUUGUUAUUUUCAGCCAAAUUUGAGUUAUUUAAUGCCUCCUUUAAUUACUAUUGGUUUCUUUAUGCUUGGCUUUGUUAUUUCUUACAUUUAUUUUGUAAUAAGGACAAAUCAAAUAGUUUCAAAACUAAAUGUCGUUUUCGCAAAUCAGGAACAAUAUUUUGAUUAUUAUGAUUCAAUAGGACUAGAGGAUGAUGAAGAUAAAGCUCAAACAUACCUUAGAAUAGGAUUCCAACAAUGCUGCCCAUGUUUUUAUAAUUUAACAUUGUUAAAUUAUAUUCAUGAAAGAUUUUCCAGUGAAAAAUCAAAUGAAUUAUGUGUUUUGUUUUCAGCAUUCUUUCCAAAAGAACACCGACUACAAAACAAAUUUGAAAAGAAAUUAUUGAAAAGAAGGAAACUUAACUUCAUUUCAAGAUUCUUAAUUUUCCAACUGGAAUCAAUCAAAACACAAAGACAGUUCACAGAUAAUAUGAUAAUGAGAAAUAAAUUGAUGGAAAUGAAAAACUUGACAGGACAAUGUGAAUCACAAUCAAGAUUAGGUUUGGAUGGCAAUACCAUAAACCAAAGCUACUUAGAAACUUUGGCUACUAUGGCUAGUAAGACAAGGAAUUUAUGGAAAGAAGCGCUUCUUAAUUUCCCAAAUUCAAUUAAAAUGUGUGAUGAAUACUUCAGGUAUUUAGUUGAAGUUGAAUGCGAUUUUCCCGAAGCAAUCAAAAUAAAACACAAAGCUCAAUUGAUUGAAUCAGGGCAGUCUUAUUCUUCUGAUCAUUGCUUUAAAUCAUUUGUCCAAGCUUUUCCGAAAUAUUUGACCGAUAAAAUCAUAGAUUUUGAUGGGAAAAUCAUUGCAGGCAACUUUACAGAUAAAAAUUCACAAAAUUAUAAUAGUUUUCAAGAAAAUGUAAAUUCUGCUACAAUUCAUACAAAUUCAUCAAAUCAUGCAAAGAUAAAAAGCAAAAACGAUACUGAUGAUGUUGAAUUAGAGAACGAAAUUGAAGAAGCAAUUGGAAAAUCGACAAUAAAAUUUGCAAAAGAAAGAUUGAGUUUGCACAGAAUGCUACAGCACAAAAUAACUAUGCCAAUAAAGAUGAUCAAAUUUGUUGCAUUUGGUGUGAUAUUUUAUAUACUAUUUCUAACGAAUGCAGCUACAUUUUUAGCUAGAAAUACUGUAACAAACCAUAUUGAAAACAUGAAAGAAUUGAACUUUAUUGCAAAGGCAAGAUUCUACAUCGCUUUAUCAAGUGUUUGUAUUAUGACACAGUUUUUCAACCAAACAGGUUUCUUCAAGAACUACACACAGAAACUCCAAGUAUAUAUAAAUACAACUUCGGUUGAGUUGAAUCCUUUCAUUGAUUUCAUUCAUGGAGAUUUGCCAAUGGAUCUCCUCAAUUUCUCCAAACUUUCAAAUUCAUAUUUUUCAGAUCUUAUGCAAUAUUUAUCAGAACAAGCGCAUAACAGAAGAAAUGUAUACAAAUACAUUAGAAAUUUAUUGUCACAGAAUGUCCCAAUAAGGACCUACUACAACAGAUGCAUAAACUUCACUGUUUCCAAUGGAUCCUUGACUAACUUAUAUUCAUUGAUGUUCACAAUUCAUAGAACUUUGAGUAGUUAUAAGAAUUUCCUUGUAAUCAGUCAAGACAAUGAUACUUGUGAUUUGGCGAAUAAUUAUGUAUAUUUCUAUCAAGGAACUGCGAAAGUUUACCUAGAUAUAGCAGAAUCUGUUAGAGAAGAUUCGGAAAAGAUCAAAAAGGCUUUCCUAUAUUAUUCCUAUUCAGCUCCAAUUAUUACAUUUUUCAUUGUGUUUUUACCCAUUUGUACAAUACACUUUUUGACAUUGAAAGAUGAAAAGAAGAUCAAAAGAAUUGUUCAAUCGAUAGAUCAACAAGCAAGAAAUGAAAGUAAAGAAGAUCUUAGAAUUCAUUCUUCCAAUGACGAAGUUUUGAUCACGGAAACAACAGCAAAAAGUGGUGGAAGAGUUUACUUGAUUUUACUCCAAGCUGGGUGGGCAAUCUAUUAUUUAAUGAUUGUUUUAAUUGCAUGCUUUAUUGUUUUGCAUAUUACCGAUGAUUUGGACAAAUUGAACGACUGGAAUCAAUUUUCUGCAAGUCGUUUAAGUCUCAGUGCCGAAUCAUUAAAUGCAAUGAUGAAUGUUUUGAUAAUUAAAGAAAUCCCAACUGCAUACAAAGAUGAAGAUAAAAUGAAGUUUUAUCAACUCGCCAUGCUAUUUAUACUUAAACUCAAGGAGGCUGAAACAAAUUUGAUAAGUGGAACAAAUAGAUCUAAAUUAUGUCAAGGAUUUGAUAAAAAAUUGGAUGAGCUGAAUAUAAUUGAUGCAAAGAUGAAUAAGAAUGCAUCUUCUCCACAUGAGUAUUAUCAGUACGCAGCUAUUCAUCAGCAAUUGGACAUUUACCAGUCAUACGCAAAAAUAAUAUUAGAAGAUGUAAUGAUGACAAAUGGAACAUAUUCACAAGAAGAUGGAGCAAAUUUCCUGUUCAUUGGAAACUACUUUUUGUUUAGGAAUUGCUAUUUGGCAAGUAACAGAAUCAUUGAAUUGAUGGACCAUAAGAUUGUUGAAUGGAAGAGCUAUUUUGGUAUUUUGGCUGUUUUAGUUUUUGCCGGAAUUCUUGCUUAUAUCAUGAGUUCCAUCACAUAUUACAACAACCGAUUCAAUUCGUACAAAGCUGCACUCUUCAUUAUCAAAAGAAUCAAUCCUUAUACUCUCUUGAACAAUAUCUAUUUCAAUCAAUUUUUCCUGAAAAAUGAUGAAGAAUUUGAUACUAUUAAUGGCCAGAAAAUGUCUUUGGAACAGCUAAUUAUUACAAAUGCAAAUGAUUCCAUCAUAUGUACAAACAUUUAUGGAGUUGUUGAACAAGUAAAUCAGGCAGUGACUAAUUUACUCGGCUUCACCAGAGAACAAAUUCUCGGCCAAGUUGUGACAUCUUUAUUCAGUUCUGAUUGCAUUGAAAAGAUCGGAAUGAAACUGGAUCAGAUGAAGAAUCACCAGACAUCAUCAUUUUUGUACGAAGAUGAUUAUGUUGUGGUUAAUAAUGCAUCGAAAUCUCUGAACGUAAAAUGUUCAAUUAUCGGAAUGAAAAAUUCGUAUAAUGACAACUUGAAUUCAUUUGUUUUCAUUCUAAAAGACACAACUAAACUAGAGGAGCAAAAGAGACAAGCAGAAAAUGAAAAGAUGAAAUCUGAGAACUUAUUAUAUCAGAUUUUACCAAGAGAUAUUGUACUCCAAAUCAAUAAAAACAUCAAAGAGAUAUCAUUCAAUGUCAAUAGUGCAACAAUUUGCUUCAUUGAUAUCAAUAAAUUCUCCGAAUAUACAACAAACUUGACGCCAAACAACAUUAUGAGCAAUUUGUCUUAUUACUUUUCAGUUCUUGACCAAACUCUAAAAGAAUAUCCAUUAUUGAUCAAAAUUAAAUUAAUUGGCGACAUUUACAUGGCAGCAGGUGGUAUUUUCAAUAAUGAUGUAGGUCCUGAAGUUCAUGCAGAGCAAAUGAUUUUGUUCUGCUUCGAUGUUUUGUACCAUUUAGAAGAAAUUAAUAAGAAAUUAGAUUCAAAUUUGCAAAUAAGAAUAGGAAUCAACACUGGAGGACCACUGAUUGCAGGCGUCUUAGGAACAGAUAAGCCGUUAUUCGAUAUCAUUGGUGACCCAAUUAACGUUGCUGCUAGGUUGCAGUCGACAUCUGACGUAAAUAAAGUCCAUAUCAGCGGGGACACAUUUGAACUAGUGAAAGGGCUUAAUUAUGAUAUUACAAAACGUGGUGAAACAUUCCUCAAAGGAAAAGGAAAACAAAUAACUUAUUACAUUUCACCACCUUCCCAUAAACGGAACUCUUCUGAGCUUCAAAAUCAGCAAAGCCAAACUAAUCAAUAG